GUCAAGAAUUUACAAGUGACUUUGAACUUAAUUUAUGAGGGCUUUCGUAGUUCAUAUAUUGUUGUCUAUUUACUUGAUGAGAAUUUGAGAAUUCUUUGAAAUAUUUUGAUUUCCAGUACAAAGGGGAUUUUCUUUGAUUUUCCUUCAAGCUCUGUAGUAUUGAGCCUGAGACUCUUCUGUUUGUAGCAUAGUUACAGGAAGGAUAUUUCGAAACCUUAGUGAUAAAAUUCAUCCAUUUUCUAUUCUUUUUUCCCUCUCCAGAUUUUUCAUCAGGGAUUCUUCAGUAACAUUACUUAUCUUGAACCGGGGCCGUAAAAGGAGGGAUUACAUAUAGAAUAGUUCAACGCUGGAACAUGGCUGAAAGGAAAUUGAACAUUCAUGCUCCUCUUAUGUCUGUGAGACGCUCUUCUGCUACAUCCCCUUCCUUAACUGAAGCGAAGAAGAAGAUAUUAGAGAAGCGAAACACUCUUCCAAACUACAAAUCAGACUCAAGUAUGGAUCUGGUGACCGAGCCGGUCGCUGUUCCUUUCAACUGGGAGCAUAUUCCGGGACGGCGAAAAGGCAAUGCUGGAUCUCAACCUUCUCAGCCUCCUAAGGAGGCUUCAAUGGCUCCAAGUCCAAGGCUUCCCCCAGGAAAGUCUGCAAAUUCCACUAGAAAGCCAGUGGAAAAGGAGAGUAAAGUGACAAGCAGAUUCAAGUCCACAAACAAAUCAAACUCUUCCAAUGUUAAUGUUGUUAGAUUAGAUUGUCAUAAAGAAAGAAAAGAGGAGAAAAGAGUAUCAAAUGUGCAGAUGGACGACGACGUCGACGACGACAUAUUUUCUGAUGCUCUUGAGAAACUGUCUCUCACAGGAUCAUUCUCCAUGAAUUGUAGUGCUAGUGGUGUGAGUGGAUUGGAUAAUUUAGACGCAAAGAAGUCUGGGACUUUCUCUACAGACCCGCAAACACGAGACUUCAUGAUGAGCCGGUUCUUACCUGCAGCAAAAGCAAUGACUUUGCAGCCUCCUCAGUAUGCUUCAAGAAAGCAUUCAGGACCAUUAGAGCAACCUCGAGAAAUUAAGAAAUUGGUUCCUGAGGAGAAGAAGCCUUUGCUUAAUAAACAUGUUUCUGCCAUCAUACCGUAUACUGGUCCACCUCAAGAGGAAGAAAGUGAAGAUGAAGAUAAAGAUAAAGGUGAUCGUUAUGAAGAAUCAGCAGAUAUUUCAGCUAAGGGUUGUGGGUUGAUUCCCCAAUUACGGAUUGGGAAUUCAAUGUGCUCGUUAAAUUCUGUCCCUGGAGUGAAAACGAGCAACCAGGCUCCCUUGGCUAUCACCUAUCAGGUUGAGAAACCAGCCAAAAGCUCAAAUAGACGAUCUUUUAGCCCAGUUCCUGCUGUAAAGAAGGCUUGGGAAGCUAUUUCUAAGAAAAAAUCCAGCUCUAGAGCUUCAUCACCUGAGAAGCCGGAGGUUAGGAAAAAAUGGGCUAGUGAAUCGAACAGGUUUAACUAUUCAGGGGAACUGCAGCAGCCGGGUAGGUUAUCUCCCUUCCGGCGAUCACGAGCUGCUGCUGCUGGUUUAUCUCCAUGUAGAAGUAGACCUCAGUCACCAUAUUGUGGAGCGACAAUGGACCCUAGAGAAGCUGUGAAUAAUCUGUCUGGUCAACUGAAAUUCCUGCAGAAAGGCCAUGUAAGUAUUCAGAAGAUGCUGUCUCAAGAAGGAAAGAAGGGCCUAACUGUUGAAAAGACAUUGUACAUAGAUACUGCAAGUACGGUAAAAUUAUCAAGUGCAAAUUCAAGUUCUGUAGAUAACACAGAGAAAACAGACACUGAAAAUUGUCCCAGUAGAAAAUCUUCUCAAGAUAUAAAGAAACCAGAAGCUUUGGAAGGAAAAGGCAUGUUGGAUUCUGCAGAUGCCAAAUCUUCGAUUCUUUCGAAUAACGUACAUACCAGAUUCCAUGAAGAAAAAGCGGAACAACAGUUAACAAAUAAAAAGUUUAACCGGGAAUACGCAUCUUCCCUAGUUGUACAUGGGAAAACUGGUGAAGAUUCAAACAUUAACAAGCAGCAAAUUGUUGUAGCUGAGAAUUUAGGAAACGGUAAAGUUGAUUCUGGUCCGUCUCCUCUUCCCCCGCCAUUGCCAAAAUCGCCUUCUGAGUCCUGGCUUUGGCGUGCUCUGCCUUUAGUUUCUGUAAAGAGUUCAUUACAGCAUUCGCAUCAAGGUAUUCAACCACAGUCUAAAAGGCCAGAUUCUAAUACAACAUCCAGCAAUCCCAAGUGGGAAACAAUAGUGAAAACUUCAAAUCUUCAUCAUGACCAUGUGCGGUAUUCUCAGGAACUAACCACACGAAAAUCUCAGCAUUUGAAAGCCUAGCAACGGAACUUCAUGGCCCAUCUUUCGUGCUAUAGUCCUUUUCUUUGUGUCCUCAUGUUGGAUAUGCUCCUCCUUCUGCUGGUUUUCAGCAUGAUAUCAUAGAUACUAGACUACAUUGGCCUGGUUGAUUAGGUUCUUAGUCUUAUAAGAAAUUUUAGUGGUGAUUUUUCUUUCGCUUUGUGUGGGGCUGAGGACCCAGAGUUUUAUUUUUCAUCUGUUGACAUAUUAUACUCAUGUCCUAGUGACCUUUGUUUUCAUUUAUGUCUGCUUUGUAUAGAGAGACAUUAAAAUCCACUUUGCUGAUGAAUUAGUAAAAACAGCAUUUGGAUUUGUCCGAGUCUUGGUGGAUCAAAGUUUCUUAACUUGAGAAGAUUGAAACCACCAAUUUUGUGUGUACUUUUUACUCUGUUAUCUAGUAUUUUCGUUUCUCUCACUUCUUUCAUACGUCUAGGUUCCAUCAUUUGGUCCUAAGUCUUCUUGUAUCUGCAAAUUUUCAUUUCAACUACACAGGUGAUUGAUGCUAGUCAAUGCUAAAUUGUUCGAUUGUAUCACUCAUUCCAAUAUGAACA